AUGGGUGGGCUGGAGCAGCGACGGCUUAAAAAGGAGCCACGGAGGCCGCAACGCACCACAAGCAAAGGGAAAUGGACGAAGGCGCCACAGAACGUGGAAAAGAAGCUCAAGAAGCAAGAAGAUGUCAGGCGUCUCCGUGAGUUGUCGAAGAAGCUGCGCGACGAUCUCAACAACGAGGAGAAGCGAGUGCGGGAGGCCCGCAAGGCAAACAUGGAGCGAAGGAAAGAAAAUGAGAAGAAAAACAUGGUGGUGCAGAAGAUUAAAAAUGAUAAGGCCAUUCGAAAAUUGAGCCCGAAGCAUCGCAAAAAGGCCAGGAUAUUUAUGCUGCAUGAACUCUGA